GCUUUGAGUUACAACCGUCACCAACCGUUAAUGUCUUCUUGCAAGGAGUCUGGACUUAUAAACCGACCAGAUCUUGUGGAAUGUAUUGUACGAUGAUAAUGCUUGAGCAAGAAUUUCGAUGCUUUCUCAUUUUGUGCAAUACAUUGCUUGAUAUAAAGGCCUCAGGUUGCUGACCGACCACGUCAUGACUUCGAGUGUCCACUUCAGUCUCGCCUUCUUUCCUAUUACUCUCCUGUUUGAACUGCGGCGUCUCAAACAUACAGACAUACACCAAUGAUGGCGCGAGAGUAUGUGUCUCUGUACCGGCAGACACUGGCCGAGCGUCAGCGACUAUACGAUGCAGCCAUUGCAGCACAAGAAUACACUCCUUUCCUCUAUCCAUGGGACAUGCUGCCCGCCACAUACCUCUUGCUCGCCAUCAUGAUCACACCACGUCUUCCGCCGAGGCUGGCGAGACCGAUCAGAUUUGCCAUAUUCGCUCUCAUACUAUGCCACAGUCUCUAUCUCAAUGUUCGUCGGCGGACGCUAUGGUUCGCAGGCGGCUACGGCAUUGGUCUGGCAACGGACUGGGGAAUCAUCAUGUCUGCGGCUUUGCUUGUCUUCAACGAUCCAGCACGCGACUUUCAGAGGUUGGAAACCAGGCCAGCGAAACUAAAGGCUGACACCGAUAUUGUGGCGAACGGCCAUGCGCGAAUGUUGAAACCAGCGAAGGUGAAGCUUGACACUGAUGUCGUGGCAAAUGGCUCUGCACGAAUGCUGGAGACUCCAAAUGCAGAUGCAUCUGCAAGCAUUGACUUGACCCGUCGCCAGGUACCGGGAGUCUACACCUCGACCGAUACAAAGCAACCAUCCUUCCCUGGGUCUGAGCAGGCAGCAUCUCAGCCAUACAACUUGGUAUGGCAAGGAUUUCCAUACGGCCAAGGCCUGCUGCAUCUCGUUGACUGGACCGUGGAUUUGACCACGAGUUUUCGAGGACCCAACUGGAACCACCGCAUCUCGACGCUCGGCGCCAUCGAUGCGCCUAUUCCUCCGGAGCCUUCUGCGGAUGGUCCCCAAAACAGUCCAAGCAAACCAACUGCAGUGCCCAAGCAAUCUUUACGAGCUCUGCAACUCCGCGCCCUGCAAGACUUUGCCGUAAGCUACCUCUUGCUUGACCUUCUGAAGACGACAAUGAUCACAGAUGCCUACUUCCUAGGUCUGUCCGCGCUCGACUCGCCAACACCCUGGUCCUGGCUUGCCCGACUCAAUGAGGUGCUACCUUUUGCAACGCGCCUUAUUCGGCUUUUAAUAUCCAUGACAGGCGUGAUCACAGCUUUGACAUUCAUCUUCAGCCUGAGUCCACUGUUCUUCACUUUGAUACUCCCUCGGCUUGUGGAUGUUACUAUACUCACAAAGUCACCUCUACUCGAGCCGUGGAUGUACGCACCGUUCUGGUACCCUGUUACUACAUCAAUACUGCAAUCCGGUCUGGCUGGAUUUUGGGGUAAAUUCUGGCAUCAAAUGUUUCGAUUCGGCAUUUCAGAACCUUCGAGGGUCUUGACCGAAUGGCUCAAGAUUGACAAACGAGGACAUGUAGCACGUAUGAUUCAACUUUGCCUUGCGUUCGGUCUCUCGGGUUCGAUCCAUGCAGCUGGUAGUUACACGACUUUCUCCCUUACACCGUCACACCCAUUCUCGGGGGCCUUGAGUUUCUUUUUCACUCAAGGCGCCGGUGUUCUCCUACAGUCGACCGUGGCCAAACUCUUACAAAAGUACGUCCCACAGACAAAGUCGCUGCCUCGAUUUGUCAAGCAGUCGACGAAUCUUGCGUUUGUCUUGGUUUAUCUUUAUUUCACGGGUCCACUGCUUGCAGACGAUUUUGCACGCUGUGGGAUCUGGUUGUUUGAGCCUGUACCCUUCAGCAUUCUUCGUGGAAUUGGUCUUGGUCCAGGUGGUAAAGAUGAGGGUUGGUGGACAUGGUAUCAGGAAGGAUCGAAGUGGGUGGGAUGGUACCGAGGCGAUCGGUGGUGGGAAUCCGGCUUCGCAAUUUAUUAGAGCUAUUGAAAGAGCCCGCAGCUAAGCCCUGGAGAAAGGAUGGUUUAUUGUUGUUGUUGAUAUGAAGUUGGUCCACAACGCCUAUGUCAGACACGGACGCUGUACUGUAGUUUGCGAAGGGCUCUGGAUUGACAAUCAGGAUCAAUAUAUCUGGACCUAUGGAGCAAAAGAAGUCAAACAGGUGCCACUCUUCCUGGAAAUCAGCUUGACGGCAAGGCUACACCAGGCGGAAGCCACAACUACAAGUACCGUGGCGCCGGCGAAAUCAUAUUUGCGGAUAUCGAAGUUAAGACGAUGGAGAACCCUGUCGUCGCCCGGGUAGGCUCAACGAGACGAUGACCCCUACGCACAGAUGAAGACGCUGUGAUAGAGUCAGUCAAUAAGGAACACCUUGUUUAGUGGCUGAAGGUAUUGACUACGCUUUAGUGCUGUUUUCGUCCACGGGCUCUGUUGGCAUCCGUACGAUACGUAGACUU